GGCGCCCGGACAACAAGCAAGUCGCAGUCCACCAGACCAGACCAAAGCAAGGCAAGGCGAGGCCAGGCAAGGGAAGUGCAAGGCAGGGAAUCUGCAGCAUCCCAAAACAAGCUCCCUCUCCCAUGGGCAAUAAUCGCGACUAUCGACCGCCUGAUGGCAGUCUGCACCGCAGCCAGCAGCAAGCAAGCAGGUUGGGAAGUGCAUCCUUCUCAACCUCCUCCUCCUCCUCCUCCUCCUCUCUCUUCCUCCUCAUCCUAUAUUUGCCUCCCAUCUUACCCCUCUCCUCUCCUCUCCCUCCCUGCCUGCUAAUUGUUCACAUUCGUUGUCGUCAGCUUUCGUGUUCUCAGCUCAAGCGAUUCGUUCCUGCAACACCAAACUCGAUUCGAGCUGGACCGCGCCUGCAACGCAUCUCUGAAACACUCACGCCUACAAAGCCACCGCUUGUCCAUACAGUAAUUAUCCUGCUUUUCGAUACUCCCUGCUCCGACCCCCUAAACCCUCCCCUGGGUGACGACAAGGGUCCCCCCAUCCAAUCUUUGCUGAGCGUUGCAACAUAACCUUGAUCGCUACCCCGGUGCAGCGUACAUCGUGCUCCUCUCGUCUCAUAUCGACAUUUGCACCUCAACUCUCCAAUUUCGCCCUCUGUCAUACUCCCCCACUCCCAAUUCCCGAUCGACCCCCC